CUAUCCUUCAUACUAUGCCAAAACAAUACGACUACAAUGAGAGUGUGAAAUCCACCUCUUGAAUUGCAAUUCAAUAAAUUAUACAAAAUUUUCCCGAGAACCAAACAAAGAAAUGAAAAGAAAAAGGAAAAUACCAUUCCAGUAAAAACAGAGACUCCAUAGAAUAGGCAAGUAGAAUUGAACCAGAGCUUCCCUCCCAUAAGCCCAACCAAGGAAGAAGGCUUUUCUAUGAGCAAGUAAUCACCGUAAUUGCUUGUGAACCAGAGAUUGAGGUCAACGAGGAAAUUUGGGAAGAACUUAGAAGGAAAGCACACUUGUGCAUCGAAAGCUGGAGCUGCUAAAAUCACCAUCAAGAAGAAGAAUAACAGAACUGCAUCUAUUAGCUUCAUCAAAACCCCAUCUCUCUCUCUCUCUCUGGUUUUUGUUUUCUGGUUUUUGAUGUGAAGAUCAAAUUUGUUAUUAUCUUAUAUAGGAGGAAGAGGGGAUCUUGAUCUUUGAAAGUUCAACAGAGUUCUUUUUGUUAGUAAAAUAAAAUAAAAUAAAAUAAAAUAUAAUGUUCUUGUUUAACCAAAGAUCCUAUAGUUUUUUUUGAGGGGGUGAAUCCAAAGAUCCAAUAGUUAGUCACAGUAAAAUUACAUCUAGUGCUAAUUUUUCCAGGGGCUUCAAUUAUUUUAAAUUUUGAUAUUGGGUAUUGUGGAAAUAAUUUAUUGUUUGAUACUGCUUGAUUGGCUUUCAAUAUAGGUGCCCUUGUUAUGAGUAUUUCACUUGUUUGGACUCUGCAAUAGUUUUAUUUUUUGUUGAAAAUUCAAGACACAUAACAUUUGUAAUCUAAGUUUGUAUGACAGUUCUUUAGAUGGACAAACCCAAAGGGUAAAAUUAAUUUCAAAACACGAUUUUAUGUUGGAAGAUCAUGAGCAUUGAGCUCCAAUUUAUGUUUGUCAUGUCACAGAAUGGCUUGGGCAUCUUCUUCUGCUCCUUUUGAAUGUUACUUACUAUAUGCCAACACUACUAGCUACUAUUUUUUUCCCAUUUAAUUUGUGAUUCAUCUCUUUCAUCUGCUAUACUUUUCCACUCCUUCCUUGGGCAGAAGUGCCUUUUAAGUUGAAAAGAACAUAUUUCAUUAAAUAGUGCUAAUUUAUCCCUCCCCUCUUUCCAUGUGAACAAAGAUAUUCAAACAUAGCAUGUCAUCAUAUCUUUUUGUAUUGUGACAGCAUACAUACAAGCAAGCGCUACAACAUUGCAAGAUUGUUCCCAAACGAAGUGCAAUGACUAGAAAUUCAUUGCCUACGUCAAACAAGUCGUCUUCUCCAAAUUCUUUUAAUAAUUUGGGGAUUAAUGAAAAUGAGGUGAAGUUCAAAAUUGCAUCUUGUCACUGUUCACUGAAUGAGAAUAGAGCUGCUCUUGUUGAGAUGGAGGGAAUUCCUAACAAAGCAAGAAAUUUGCAAAUGAAUCAAAUGAUGGGCAAGCUUUAUCGAAAUUCAAGACACACUCGUUCUUCCAUUGCUUGUUACAAAGAGUGUUUGAGGUGUCUUUCACCUGUUAAAAAUACAAUUCAAGAAAUCCAGCAAAGCUUUUGAGUCUUGGCAUUUUUGUCACGACAUUUCCCUUAUGUUAUUGAGGCUAUCAUAGCCUUGGCUGAACUAGGAGUUGCUUCGAAGGAUAUUAUUUCAUUAUUUCCUCAGGUUUGUUGGUAAAAUAAAAAUCUGAGUGCUGCUCGAUUGAUUCAAAGUGUAUGUAAUAUGAAAAGUGCCGUAGACCUCCAGUGGGGGUGACCCCAGCACGCCUACUGUUUUUUGAUUGGUCUAUAUUUUUUUUUUGUCUUCCCUCCCUGGAGGUAGGGUGCUGAGGGUCACUCCCCACUGGGGUUCCAGCACUGUUGAUGUAAUAUGAUAUUCUAAGAUUAUUAUUUUUCUGAGAAGUAUUCAUGUUUUGAUAUAAAUUUAGCAUAUCAUGCUUUAUGAAGAAUUUUUAAUUAUGCACUAUGCCAUUCCUUGGAAAAGAUGAAAAGGGGACAUAAAAUAGUCCAUUUUGCUGAUGUUUUCUUGUGCUAGGCAAGUGGAGUAAAGG